AUGGAACGUAAAAUUAAAGUUGAGAAAUGGAACGAGCAGGAAGAUGGUCAGCUGUGCGUUGAGAACAUGGAAAAGAAAUUAAGAAAGCAAGGUUUCAGUUGCACAAUGUAUGAAUUUUCACCUGGAACUACCUUCCCAGACCAUACUCAUGAAAUAUCAAAGAAAGACUCCAUUGUAACUGGUCAGUUUCAGUUCAGCAUGUAUGGGAAGACAAUUGUCAUGCAGCCUGGUGAGAUGAUCGAGGUACCCAAGAAUACCGUGCAUAAUGCCAAGGUUGUUGGGAACCAAACAGUUACUUUCUUCGAUGCUACAAAGUGA